AGCCACUGUCGGUCGUUAGACGAAUAGUCACAGUAGAUCAUUACUUUUAACUAUCGUUAGUUUCUGAAGCAGCCUUUCCUAUCAAAUUGGUAACAUUCUUUUUUAUACAGUCCUCAUUACUAUUCGUUCCAGUAAAAAGUCCCGAAAUCGUCCCAUGCGUAAUGAAUCGCACGUUGAUGGAAGAGGGAGAGCUGGGAAAGGUCGACAUCCAGCAAGACAUUAUGGACUUCUAUAUACAGCACGACAUGCCGAUAGAUUGCCUAUGGUUAAUCGUUGUCAGACCCAACUGGAGGAUAUACCUGCAGUUCGCGGAAUUCAACUUGGAGAAGCCGAACGACUGCCACAGCAACUUCGUCCAGGUAUUUUCGGGGAAGACGGAUAUGGCUUCGAUCGAAAAGGAGUUCUGCGGAUCGAUCGCCGAUACCGUCUUGUCAAAGAGCAAUAAGAUGUACGUGAGAUUCUUCUCGGAAUCCAAAGGAUCGAAAACGCUCUUUCUCGCUAACUUCACGGCGUAUAGGGAUCUAGGAAGUGAUGGCAAGACGAAAGAAUGCAAUAAGACAAACGAGUUUUAUUGUGAGGACGCAACUUGCAUCCAUAAGAGCCUUAUGUGCAAUUCAAGGUACAACUGUCGGUUCAGAUGGGAUGAAGAAGAUGAGGGGUGUCAGGGCGCACAAACGAUGGCGUGGUCUGGGGAUCAUAUAAUCAUCAUCAUGAUUAUAUUCUCACUUAUCCUAGCGGGGAUGUGUAUCACGUUCCUUUACAACUGUAUUACUAAACUUAUCAGGGACCAUCAAACAAUUCAGGAAUACAGAAGCCGCAGCUUGGAUCAGCAACUGAACGAGCUGGACAAACAGCAGGAACUGGCCGUGGUGGAAGGCAAAGCGUCCUCGAAAUUAUCACGAAGGACACGAUCACAUGACAGUUCCCAUUCGAUGGACUCGAACCGUUUCGACAGUAUCAAUGCGAUCAACAGCACCUCGUGUUAUGCUGGUGAGGGCGAUGUACUCUCCAUCCUGGUGAGGAAUGAAAGAAGUUCAAGUCCGUCGAGCGGAGAUGCCUUCAAUACUAACAUUUAUACGGUGGAUGCUGAUAAUCCUCCGCAAAUGUGUGACAGCGCGUGUCAAACGCGAGAGAGUCUGUUCACAACUCAGGGUUACAACAGUUCCGAUAACAGCACGCCUAAUCAUAGUGCGCAUACGAACUCCCCACCUGCACCUUUUAGUACUUUUGGAUAUAAGAAAGAAAUCAAAUUUAAGGCGGAGGCAAAGAUCGAGAUGGCCCCCGUCAAAUCAAAAUCGCCGCUCCAGCACUCGCACAUGCACCAGCACAAAAAAGACGACAAAUACCGGUUGAGCGUCCAAACAAGAAAAUCAGCGCCGGACGUGAUCGUGACGCACUGACGCUGCCAAUUGGCGGGCUGCCACGACUGGGAGCCGUACAAGCGCCGUCUACCGAGAAGGUGUCCGUGCCCGCCCCCCGUUGUGAUCGGUCACGCCUCUCUGGGAGAGGAUGACGUCCCGCCUACUCCACCCCCUCCACCGGCGGGCUUCCAGUCACUGCGCAACGGCGAGGCGCAGACUAAAGAGGAGGCGGAAAAAGUGAUAAGGCGGACUUGCACGUGCAGGGAACGGCACAAGGCCACGCAGACGUACGACGAUGAAUUCGAUGAGUCGGAAAGGGAUACGUAGGAGGAGAGGGGGGUGGAUUUGGCGCCACCUCCUGAAUAUACAAACAGCUUCUGAAUCGCACAUUAGCCAGGUGAAGGGACAAAUAAAAUUGCAAAAAUUCUAUACUUAGGUAUCAGAUGAAAAUUUGGAUUUUGUAACUGAAGUAGUUGUCUAUGUAAAAAAACUGUUCAGUCCCUUCAAUGAAGACGUUUAACGCUUCAUGCUAUUAUUAUUGAGGUUUUAUAUUUUUAGUGAUUCUCCAAGAUGGCUCACCCCUAUAACUUUUUUAUUAUUGAAGAUAUAGAAACGAAAUCUGGUGGUUGCGUAUUAUAGAU